AUUUUUGCCAAAUAUUUUGGCUUCCUGUCAACUUGGCAUGAAUUACCCCCCUUGACUAGUCUCUCACAAUGUCUGCCCUUGGAAGGAUAAUUUCUGCAAGUCGGUCUGCAUUUCCGGCCAUAGUAAGGCAGCCAAGAUGUCUAUUCAACACUGUUCAAGGGAAAGGAGACUUUAUUGAUGUAACAAUCCGUCACAAGGAACCUCAUACUCGCUCUGCAAGUGAAACAGCCUCAGACCUUGGCAUGGAUUUUUUCCUUAUAGAACUUCUGAAAGGAUUCAGUAUUGCCAACAGCAUGGUGUUUAGAGAGCAGGCAACCAUCAACUACCCGUUCGAAAAGGCGCCACUGAGCCCUCGGUUCCGAGGAGAGCAUGCCUUGCGAAGGUAUCCAUCUGGGGAGGAGAGAUGCAUUGCCUGCAAGCUCUGUGAGGCUGUUUGUCCAGCACAGGCUAUCACAAUUGAGGCUGAGACUCGAGCUGAUGGCAGCAGAAGGACAACACGUUAUGAUAUUGACAUGACAAAAUGCAUCUACUGUGGUUUCUGUCAGGAGGCCUGCCCUGUUGAUGCUAUUGUAGAGGGUCCAAACUUUGAAUAUUCGACAGAGACCCAUGAGGAACUAUUGUACAACAAGGAGAAGCUGCUGAACAACGGUGACCAGUGGGAACCAGCCAUUGCCAGCAACCUGGAGGCCGACUACCUGUAUAGAUAGACCGUGAACCAACCCUCAAAGUGACUGACAAUAUUAAGAAAAGUGUGUGUAAUUUAUUUUCCAACAGCAUUCGGAUAAACAAAAAAUAUGUGUUUGGAGACGUUUUGAUUUAUAAUACUAGUAUAUCAAUGUUUGAUAUAACAUGGUUUGCCCUAACAGUUUGGCAGUAAAAGUAAAAGAGUAUAUAUCAUUAAUGAGAACGAGUUUCGAAACUUUUAUUGUGCUGUUGAAGAGUUACUGAAAUUUGCUAUUAUUUAUAGUGACAAACUUGUAUUUUGCGAAUGUUGUUUUUACCUGAAUAAAUCUCUUAACAAAAAUGUUGACAUAUA